AUGAAAAUAAAUGGCAGCCGACUGAUGAACAGUUCUUCACUGACCCCGCACGAAGUGACACUGAGUCGCCCUGCAUGGGUGCCUCCAACUUUGGGAGGGUUUUUGAUUUUCACGAUCGUCGUUGACAUUCUGGGCAACCUGCUGGUAAUUUUCUCCGUGUACAGAAACAAGAAACUAAGGAACGCAGGAAACAUAUUCGUGGUGAGCCUGGCCGUAGCGGACUUGGUGGUGGCCGUGUACCCUUACCCCCUGGUGCUGGUGUCCAUCUUCCACAACGGGUGGAACCUGGGCUUCUACCACUGCCAGGUCAGCGGCUUCCUGAUGGGCCUGAGCGUCAUCGGCUCCAUCUUCAACAUCACGGGCAUCGCCGUCAACCGCUACUGCUACAUCUGCCACAGCCUCAAGUACGACAAGCUGUACAGCGACAAGAACUCGCUCUGCUACGUGCUGCUCAUCUGGCUGCUGACGGUGGUGGCCAUCGUGCCCAACUUCUACGUGGGCUCGCUGCAGUACGACCCGCGCGUCUACUCGUGCACGUUCGCGCAGUCGGCCAGCUCGGCGUACACCAUCGCCGUGGUCUUCUUCCACUUCCUGCUGCCCAUCAUGAUCGUCAGCUACUGCUACCUGCGCAUCUGGAUCCUGGUCAUCCAGGUGCGGCGGCGGGUCAAGCCCGAGUUCCGGCCCAAGCUCACGCCGCACGACGUGCGGAACUUCGUCACCAUGUUCGUGGUGUUCGUGCUGUUCGCCGUCUGCUGGGCGCCGCUCAACUUCAUCGGCCUGGCGGUGGCCAUCAACCCGGCGCGCGUGGCGCCGCUCAUCCCCGAGUGGUUCUUCGUCUCGAGCUACUUCAUGGCCUACUUCAACAGCUGCCUUAACGCCAUCGUCUACGGACUGCUCAACCAAAACUUCAGGCGCGAGUACAACAAGAUUAUCGUCUCGCUUUGCACAGCCAAGAUGUUCUUCCCCGACAGCUCCAACGACGCCGCCGAGCGCAUCAAGAGCAAACCGUCGCCGCUGAUGACAAACAACAACCAAGUUAAAGUAGACUCGGUCUGA